AGCUGACAGGGGUGCCCAUCCAGCUGGACCAGAGAUAUCAGCCCGCGGGCCGCCAUCAUUGGCAGAUACCUAGACUGAAUCCCGGCAACAAGACAAUAGUUUCAACGCACUACAACCCUACAUUGAAGAUUAAGAACCAGAAAAGCCCACAUGAGGCUCAACAAAUACAUGGGUCUUGGGCGCCCUUAAAGUCUGGGCAGAAGCCACCGGGAGAGCAGGCUGGGCAAAUUCACUUUCCCCUGGUCACUAACCGCUGCUAACAAGUUCGACCAAACACCACAACAUGCCCUUCAAAAAGCUCCUCAGCACUUUUACACGCGAGCUGCAGGAUGCAGCGCAAAUGCUAGGCGGCUCCAGUAAUGGCGGCGGCGCCAGCCCCGGCUUCAGCAGCCUCUUCGGCCUCAACCUCAACUCCCUCUCCUCCCCCGCGAUCCCUCAAUCACCCACCCCCUGCCCACGCCAACAACCCCAAGCAAACCACCACGACUGGAUCGGCCUUCCUCACCCCCAAUUCGCAACCUUCAACGUCUGCCCAACCUGCUACCACAACCUGAUCCGUCCCACCCCCUACGCCAACAGCUUCGUCACCAAGGGCCCCCACACGGGGUAUCCGCCCAACACCCCCGUGCGAUGCGACAUGUCGCGGUAUUGGGUGCGUGUCGCCGGCAUGGUGCUGCUGACCAUGAACCAAAACGGGCGGCACGACAUUACCCUGCUGGCGCGGGUGGCUGCGACGCGCGCGCAGGACGGGGACUGUCCCAACUCCCAGCUGGCGGGAGAACAUCAGCCGCUUGCUGUUGCGCGGCGCCCGGCGUGGUACACGCUGCGCGAUCCCCACACCGGCGCGCAGCCGCUGCCCGGGUGGACGGUGUGCGCGUCGUGCGUGCUGAACGUGCAGGCGUGCUGCCCGGCCAUUGCAGCCGCGUUCGCGCCGCUGCCGGGUCAGGGGCUGCCGCCACCGGGCCAGCAGCAACAACAACAGCAGCAGCAGUGGGAGGGUAGCUGCGCGAUGGUGCCUUCGGAUUUGUACGACGAUGCGCGCACGGGGGCAAUGCUGCAGCAGAUCGGGGCGUGUGCGGUUACCGCGCAAAUGACUGGGCGCGUGGACAUGUCACAGCUGGUGAACUGGCUGCAGGCAAAUCCGCCUGCACCGAGGGGCGGGGGCGCCGGGUAUUCUUCCACACAUGCAGGAGGCCAGCCGCCGCAUGCUGGAGGCAACGGGCUUUGUCCGAGGGGGUAUCCGUCGACGAGCCUCCGGUGCCAUACGAUGCAGGGGAUCUUUGACCUGACCGUGUGCGAGCAGUGUUAUGCUGAGGUCGUCAAGCCGGACGCUGAGAAGGGGGUUGAGCUGGCUCGCCGCUUCGACCCGACUCCCGCCGUCAUGCCUUCGGGCUUUACGUGCCAGUUGUACUCCCCCAGGAUGCGCCAGGUUUGGAGCCACGCAGCGGCGGCUGGAGACCUGGCUCUUCUCCAGGCAAAGGUUAGCGAAAGACGAGCCAAGGAGCGGGAACUGCAAAUGAAGAGGACGCAGUUGCAACAGCAAGCCGCCCAGCUUCGAGAACAAGCCAAAUUGCAGGAGCAUCUGGCUGUCAAUGCCAUGCGCGUGUCGGCCAACGCGGCGAGCAACAAUAUAAUGAUCGCUGGUAUUGGAGGUGGGUAUCGAAUCGAUGCCAACACGAUUGCAGUUCCGAGCGGAGUGCCCGACUUUAGCCAGACCACGCAGUUGAACAACCAGGCGGCCAUGCUCAAGGUCCAGGCUGCCGGGGUGGAGGAUCAGAUCAGGAUGGCCGAGGAGGAAUGGAAGCGGUAUUGGGAAUGAAUGGAUGAUCGAGGCUUGUCGGAAAGGGCGUGAGACAUCCGAGUACCGACAAGUGGCGCUUUGUUGAGGAUUGUCCGCGGAGGCAAACCAGAGAAAGGUUAGGUGACAGCUCAAGAAGCCUUCUCUCUGUUGAGUGGAAGACUUGAUAUAUGUAGGGUAUGCCAUGGCCCUCAACCUCUAAUCAAUCCCUUU